AUGUAUUGCCGGCUCGAAUAUUACUUGAUCGACCGAGAGUGUCUUGCACUGUUCACGAGUACCCUGGACUUUGAUCCCGACGAGCAUGGAAGUCCCGACGCGGCUCAGGGCCAGCCAGAUCGGGCAUCUAUGUUCCGACUGUCACGAAAGCCGGUAGCAUUUUUGUGUACUGAGAUAUUCAUCAUCGAGGAACUGGAGGCGCAUUCGGAAUUGCUCUAUUACACCGACACGUCGCUAGAAGCCGUGGAUGAGCCGCGCCGCCUCAAAGUCGUCUACCACAUCGUGCAGCUGUUCAACCGCAUCCGACAAGACAAUCGGUAA